UUGAGGCUCGCAAUGUUUCUGUGAAAUGUAUGAAAAGCUUCCGAAGAUGACCCUAAUCUUACCGUCAGCUGCAAAGUGACAGCGAGACGCAAUAAAUUGGAAGGUAGCGAAAUAUCUCCCUAUAUAUUUUGAGGCUGCAUUCGAAUGAACAAUCCCAAACACAACAAGAACUUGGCCAACAUAACGAAAAUGUCUGGGAAGGACAGUGGAGCAAUUGAGCGUUUCUUCGGCGAAAUCUCCAAGGGCUCGGCGACGAAGCAAAUCGCCCUCGGAGCCGCUUCCGGAUGGCUCACGGGCUUCGUCACCGUGCGCGUGGGCAGAUUGGUGGCUGUGGCGGUGGGCGGAAGCAUAAUCCUGCUGCAGAUCGCCAACGAGCAGGGAUACAUUAAGGUGAACUGGGGCAAGGUGAACUCCAAGAUGGACAAGAUCGCGGACAAGGUGGAGGAAGCAGUCACUGGCGAGGGGCCCAGAUGGGUGGACAAGGCUGAGAGAUAUCUCGAUCGCAAGCUCGAUCAGGCGGAAGGUCUCUUGAAGAAGCAGGAGAAGAAGGCCCGAAAAUGGUACACAACUUUUAUUGGGGACGAGAAUGGCUGCAAAUUCAAUGAUUUUCACAUCUUCCUGUGUGCCUUCGCGGCUGGAGUUGCUGUUGGUGUUGUCACUGCCAAGUAAUUCUCCUCAGGAUAAAAAUUCCUUUGCUGAGCGCACACAUUUGAAAUGCUCUCCAGUAAAAAGGUAAAAGUUUUAUAGAGAAAGUCUUCAUGAAUCUCUGCGAAGAGAGGAAUUUUGAAUGAUUUUGCAAAAGUAUUCGCGUAGUGAGAAAAGUGAAAAAUCCAAAUGCAGAAAAUUGUCAAGUGAUUUAUUUAAGACACACAAAAUGAUUUUGCUUCUAUCAUUGUAAUAGGUUUUAAGGCUCAUUAUCACUAUAAAGUCCCCAAAAUUGUCUAGAGAGAAUCUCAUCAUUUGAAAAUAAAGAUACUUAACUAUUGAA